UCUCUCUCUCUCUCUCUGAUAAACAUAUGUUGGAUCACUAAAACUACACAUCUCUGCAACAUUUCUUAUUUGCCAUGAGAGCAUCUAGCACAUUCAAGAAAGAGCUCCUCAAGAGAUGGGUAAAAGGUCUCCAAUCCUGUGUUUCUUCUUUCAAGGAUUUGAGCUUCUUGGAAAGAAAGAAAGCCAUAAAGCUCUCAGCAGAUGUGGCCAUGGCUUCUACUAGAGGGGGUAAGUCUUGUUGGAGUUGUGCUCUCAUUUCCAAUGCUUCAAAAAAAGAAGAAAGCAAGAUCAUUGUAAGGAACAUAUUGGGUAGUGAGUUUGAGAAGUUAACAAAGCCCAGCAUGGGAGCUUUCAUGUCAUAUAAGAGGGUUAGAAGCAGAAACAUCUUGAGAAGGAGUUACAGUAGUUGUAGGAAGAUUGCACCAAAAAAAGUUCAGGCAAGCUCAAUUGGUAAGAGAUUGGUGAGGAAGAGAACCAAAGUUCUUAGAGGUCUUAUACCUGGAGGUGAAUCCAUGGAUGGGUUCUCUUUGUUAGAGGAAACCCUAGAUUAUAUCCUCUCUCUCAGAGCCCAAGUUGAUGUAAUGCAAUGCCUCAUUGAUGCUUCUGAGCUCUUAAAAUGACAAGUAAUGUCAUCAAAGUUUAGUAUAUUUAUUUUA